UUGCUCGGUUUCCCUCCCUUCUCCAUGCUCUUUAGGCCAGAACUCUUCUAUGUUAAUCCGAGGCAACCAUAGCUGCGGUGGACUUGGUUUCUGGGUGUGAGGUCGAUUGCAUGCAUGUUUCUUUCUCAUUCUUGUCGUGUUAAUUGGUAUUUGCUGCGUGUUUAUGAGCAGCGAAAGAAGUCAUUAUUUUUGGUCGUUGGUUUAGUUUUGUAAUUUUUGUAAUUUUUGUAAUUUUUGAUUAUUUUAGGUAGUUAUCGUUUUCGUUCCCAUCUCUUUGAUUGAUUACUUAUUUCUAUUAUUUAUUUUGCAAUAGUUGGUCGGUGAGUGAUUGCCAUGUACCUGUAGUGAAGGCGAAUGUCUGGUUACAGGGAAGUGGUGGACCGCUUCAAUGAUAGAGAACUUUGUCUUACGCUUUUCAUAAAGUACUGCCAAGAGAAGCGUAGAGAGGUUGAAAAUAGAAUUCGUCGGGGCAAUCAGUUCUGUUUUCGUUUUUUCGGAAUGUUGGCAAGUGAUGCACUGUUUGAGGAAUGCUGUACUAUGUUUCUUUACAGUGAAACAGAUCUGGUGCUUUUGUCCGUUUGUUCAAGUUGGGGCACGAUAUCGUUCCCCAGUAUCCAUGCCUGUUAGAAUUUGAGCACGAGAAUAUACGUCCACUUUUGACGUAUUUGCUGAAAGUUUAAAGGUGGUGCAGGAUAUUUCUCCUACUUCUAACUGUGAUCAAGUCCGCGAACUUCAGAGAAGCCAAGGAGGGAACUGAGGGCAAGCUAAACAGUGCGUGCCGUUUAGGCGGGCAGGGAUGCUGAGAAGAAUGUUGAGCGAUCAAGUAAGUUCUACCACAGCGACGAACGCUGGUUCGGCAUUCGCUUACAAACGCCUCCCGUCUCGCGAACGUUCACUCACUGAGAUUCACGUCGAACGUAUGAACACUGAUUCAGGAGCAGUUUACUUGGAAGCUCCGUUGCUGUCUGGAUCAUCAGGACCAGGAUGGCGACUAUCAUUUCCUCAUAUGGUUACUGCCAUUCUAGCGGCGGUUCUAUUUGGAUAUCACAUGGGAGUGGUGAACGCGCCUCUUCAACACAUAGGAAAGGACUUAUUAUUUGCAGGCCACACAAUUUUAGAAGGUUUUGUGGUUAGUGUAAGUUUGGCAAGUGCGUUCAUGGGAUGUGCACUCAGUGGUACAAUCGCUGAUGCUGUCGGUAGGCGGCGAGCCUUCCAAAUCAGCUGUAUACCUAUGAUUUUUGGUGCUAUAAUCAGUGCGGUCUCCACACAUGUUGGAGCUAUGAUUUUGGGACGCUUCAUUGUCGGGCUAGGAUUAGGGUUGUCCGGUCCGGUAACAGCAAUGUAUGUUUCUGAGAUAUCACCCACAUCUGUGCGAGGCACGUACGGUAGUUUUAUCCAAAUUGCCACUUGCAUUGGUAUUCUCGCAUCUUUAGUUGCCGGUCUUCCUGCUCACUCGAUUCCUGGAUGGUGGAGGACAUGCUUUUGGAUUGCAGUAAUACCUGCUAUUAUGCUCGCUAUUGGAAUGGAAUGGUGCGCAGAAAGCCCGCGUUGGCUCUUUAAGAUUGGCAGAAUAGCUGAAGCAGAGCACGAGUUGGAAAGACUUUGGGGUCCUUCACACGUAAAACAAGCUAUGGCUGACUUGAUUCGUAAUGAGCAAACUCAAGACAAUGGCACGACAUCAUGGAUGGCCUUAGCAGAUCCCAGAUACAUUAAAGUGGUGACAAUUGGUGCUGCUCUAUUUGCUUUUCAACAGUUUGCAGGGGUCAAUGCGGUCUUCUAUUUUUCAUCGACAGUCUUUCGACAAGCAGGGAUGACUUCAGAUGUGGCUGCUAGCGUUAUGGUUGGAGUCGUUAAUUUGAUGGCAUCAUUUGUGGCUGCGUAUUUGAUGGAUUCACUUGGUCGACGGAGUCUCAUGAUUAUGAGCUUUUCAGGCAUGGGUUUGGCGAUGGGACUCCAAGCUUUUAUUGCCGCAGUGCCUGCAUUUGCGUCAGCUCGUGCAUCUGCAGCUCUUUUGGGAACUCUGCUGUAUGUCUUCAUGUUUGCUUUGGGGGCAGGGCCUGUGCCUGCCUUGCUACUCCCAGAGAUCUUCCCUGAUCGGAUUCGGGCAAAGGGAAUGGCUGUUGCAAUGUGUACUCAUUGGGUAGCAAAUUUCUUGGUGGGUUUGACGUUUCUUCAAUUUCUCAAAACUCUUGGCGUAAGCAUUCUUUACACGCUGUUCACAACGAUUUGUUUCAGUGCUGCUCUGUUCGUGAAACAGAAUGUUGUGGAGACAAAGGGCCGGACAUUGGAAGAAAUUGAAACCAUGCUCCUUCCGAGCAUUUUGUAGAUUGAAUAGUUGCAACUGUCAUCGUGGGCAUGAAUUUUGUUUUUUCCUCCAGCCGGCAUCACUUGUACAUGUCGAGUUACUAGAAAUGUAGACAGGAUUACUGGGGCCUUGCUCUUUGGAAUGCUCCUUAGUUUUGAAUGUAAAGAGUUCCUGGAAGGCAACGCAACCAGAUAACCAGUAGUUGUAGUAUUUCUUCAUUUCAUCGACUGCUCAUUCAUACAUCUGAUUAUAAAUAAAUCAUGGCCAUAUUCACUAGUCUUAUGAUAA